CGUUGUCCAUGGAAAGUCGUCUCGUUCGCGAAGGCCACCCCGACGUCUCCGAAAAUUCCUAGUUCUCGUGGUGGAACGAGGGAUGCAACAACAACUUGAAGGGGACAAAGGGAACUAGAGCGUGCGCAACAAUCUCUUCGUCAUCGGUGAUCACUCGAGCUUCAAUUUAUCGAAGAGAUCAAUCACAUCGUAAACGUCAUGAGAUUUAAUCCCCGGAGAGGACGUCGGUGAAUCUGUCGUGUUCAUUUGCCUCGGGUGGAACAUUCGUAACUGGAGGGAACGCAUGUGCCAACGGAUGUCCAAGGGAUACAGACAUGUCUAACACAGUUUCACGAUGACUUCCCGCGACAGCUUUCCUCGUUCUUCCUGGACCUGGAACAGACACUGACGAUAUGGACACAGUAUGGCUUCGGUACUGUGGCAUGCCUCUGGGAGUAGUUUCGUCUCACCUGUUAUCAUCAUCCUGUUGUUGCUCUACCCUCACUCAAUCGCAGGCCGCGAGGUAAUUGAUGUGCCACUGCCACAGCAAGACUACGUACCAUCCCUACCGCCACCACCACCACCACCGGGACCCAUCACCACUGCCAAAACACCAAGGUGUGACCAAACAUUCGUCAGUAAACCUGGUGGAUCGCAGAAUGGCACCUUUCAUGCACCAACUCUGAUCAAUCCAGAGGGUGAAUCCCAGCAGUGCGUCUACACCUUCCUGGCAGCUCCUCAUCAACGAGUGGAGAUCGUUUUCACUUCCUUUGGUCUUCGAGGCACUCCUCCAGAUGGAGCUGCUGUUGGGGAAUUACCUGCAUGUUUUCACGAGUACAUGGAUGUAUACACGGAGAUACGCUCAGACAAUGCUACCAAGCUGAUAGAGACACCAUUUGGUGGUCGUUAUUGCGGCCCAAUACCACCAAGAAGACGUGUGUCAUUGUAUCAGGGGAUUGCCCUCAGCUUCUUCACCGAUAAGAAUAUAACACAAUCGACUCUCUUCAGCGGUCGUUACUCUUUCAUCAAUGCCUCUGAAUACGAAGUUGGUACACCAGCACCGAGUACACCAUGCUCCUUCGUGGUGAAUUCUACCAUCAAGCGUACUGGGACAAUCCUAUCACCAACGUACCCUGGAACAUACCCGAAAGAUCUCGCGUGCACUUACAAAUUUCUGGGUGAACCUGGCCAGAGGGUGAGACUGGAGUUCCGGGACUUUGAUCUCUUCUACGGAGGCUCACACUGCCCUUUUGAUUACGUGAAGGUGUUCGAUGGCCUCGACAAAUCAGCCCCUGUCAUUGGCACUUACUGCGGUCAACAACGUAAUCUAGUUCUCUACUCAUCACAGGCCAACCUCACUGUGCUUUUUGUCACCCUUCAGCGCAACGCCAACACCCAAAAUCGAGGGUUCAAAGGCAUUUUCGAGUUCUCCGAGAGCUUCGUUAAAUUAGAUUUCAUAAACAAUUCGGGGGGAAUGCACAUACGAGGAUCGGAGUGCGACCAGAAAAUAUUGAGUAUGAAGAAAUCUUCGGGGCACGUUGUCAGCCCCAACUACCCCUAUCCUUACAUACCGAAAGUCGUGUGUCGUUACUUCAUCUAUGGCAUGCAGGACUCUCAGCAUCUCGAACGUGUCCGGCUCGAAUUUCAGGCCUUCGACAUUACAAAAGGAGAAACCAAAGGAGAUUCAGCAUGUACAGACGGUUACUUGAAAAUCUACUUGAAAGGCCAGGAAGCGACAGACUCAUACGAUAAAUUCGAUCACGAGAUGUGCGGUAAUGUAAGCAAUCCGAGCCAAGUAGUUAGUGAUGGACCGCGACUCGUUAUGGUAUUCAGCAGUGGUGAGUCCAAGCAGGGCCGUGGUUUCAAGGCCAACUACAGCUUCGAAACUGAAUACAAAAUUCCUGGGACUCCAGCCCCAGAUGGCAGUUGCAACUUCACGUAUCUGAGCUCUUCCCGGAAAAAGGGGGAAUUCAAUUCCCCCAGGUAUCCGAGCAAUUAUCCAAGUGAUACCAAUUGCACUUAUCUAUUUGUCGCAACGCCCAACGAACAAGUUACACUCGUCUUUGAUCACUUCAAAGUUCGAACGAGGAAUAUUAAUUUAACUGUUGGACAUUAUGGAGCUGAGGAGUGUCAGGACGAUUGGCUGGAGAUCUACAACAUGUACCGGGAUAACACUGAGAAAUUGAUCGGGCGUUAUUGCUGGAUGACAGCGCCAGGUCCAGUGGAAUCGAAUCUUGGUGCUCUCGGGCUCAAAGUUAUUCUCCAUUCGGAUUCAGAACUCGUUUACAGUGGAUUCAAGGCGCGUUACACCUUCGAAGUUACCAAAUCCAUAUUCGGAGACUGUGGUGCUAAUAUCAGUAGUCUCGAGUAUGGAUUGAUAACGAGCCCGAAUUUUCCGGAGAAAUACGACGGCCCACCGAAAUACAUGGCGAGUAAAACGUGCAAUUGGUUCAUCAGUGUACGUCCCAAUCACAGGAUAUUACUCAAUUUUGAAUUGUUUUCUGUCGAGGGAGAGCAGUCAGCGAGAGGCUGUCCAGCGGCUGUUUUACGCAUGUGGUUUUCUCUGGCAUCACCUCCGAUCGAACUCUGUGGUGGAAAACCCACGGAAGUCAGUUGGAGCUACAUGUCAGAUGACAAUAACAUGCGUCUCAGUUUUAUAUCGUCCGACAAGGCAGUGGGUCAACUAGGUUUUCGCGCUGUCUGGACAGAAGUUUCACUCGCAUCUGAAUGCGAGCCCGAUGAAUUUCAUUGUGGAAAGAGCAAAUACUGCAUUGCCGAAACACUUCGUUGCAAUAAUAUCGAUAACUGCGGCCCCGAAGACGGGUCCGACGAGGACAACUGUACAACAAUCGUGCCACCAGUGAGCUACGCUAUUCCAGUAGCUGGUGCAGCAGCAGCUGUUAUCCUGGCUAUGAUAAUCUGUCUCCUGUGCCAUCGCAAGCUCAAACGUCGUCCUCAAGAGGUGCACAUUGAUGAUCUCCAGCAGAGGGUUGAGGAUGUGCGUUACUGCUAUCGUCAUCACAGUUUGCCCCAGCGUACGUCAAGUAUGCACAGCCAUGGGCACACUCACAAUUACAGUGAUCAGUAUCAUCUUGAUCAACCGAGUCCACCCAGCGACAGUGAACACGUCUGCGGGGAGGACAUCAGCAGCCCCGAAAGCCCGUGACCAUUGUGCUUCAUUUUUCGUCGUACUUUACUCAUGAUUGGUGCCCACUCAAUCAUUCAUAUUGCUCACAAAAUAUCUGAUCAACUGAAGAAUUCGAAAACGUGAAAUUUCGGUGAGAUAUUUUAUUAUUUUUCGUUAUCCUCUGGGUUAAAGUAUUUAAUUGCAUAAAUAAUCCCUCAAAUUGAAAAAAAAACACCGUUCAAAUGCGGGGGAAAUAAUAAUAAUUUAAAAUAUCCCCAAAUUAUGUUUAAUUCGGUUUAUUAUGAUUUUUUGGAUUGAACAAAUCGUUGAAGCAAUCUUGUCGCAAUUUUUUUCUCGGCGGUUUUUAACGCGCGUGGGGAAAAAUAGUAGAAAAAAUCCUAUUCGAAAUUUUUCAUGCGCCUUUGCGAAUUGUUUCGGGCAGUAUUAAAAUCGGCGAAUCCACACUUCACUUACGGAUUAACAAAAAAUACGAGGAACAUCUGCUCUUAUCAUCGACGCCUAUAAAUGAACAAAAAUUGCGUAAUUUGUUGUUGUUGUUGUUUGUUUGUUGUUGAUGAUGAAGAGAUAAAAUGAAAAUUGAUGGGGUAAUCGGGCAGGUGAGACAGUGCCACUUCAUAAAGAAUAAUCUAUACAAGUCUGUAUUAAUUGCCAUUGCCAAGUGGGUAAUCACAGCCCGGAGAUUAUUCACUCGUCAUUUGAGACACAGGGGAAAUCAUGAAAUUGAAGAGAGAAUAAUGAGAUGUAAAGACAUUUUGCAUAACUCUUGUAUGUGUAAAUACAUAUACGUAUUAUUACAUAUAUGUGAUACAUAGGAUAGAUAAUUGGCACGCAAUUUAAUGAAACCAUUAGACCAUCAAUCGGAUUUAACAUUAUCGAAAAGAAAUAAUGAAAUAUUAAAUUGUUAACAUCGAAAUAAGGAGAGACAUUACGGAUGAGAAAAAUCACGUGAUUUAUCUGUAGAUGAUUGCAUAAUUUUUGUAAUUGUAAUAAAUGGGAUAGGGAGAAAAAACAUUGUAGGCUGGUACCUGCGAGUCAUCCAAAGAAAUAAAACGCGUCAACUCAAUCUUUUUUAUUGUGAAAAAAAAAACAAAAAAAUAAAUAUGAGCGCGAUAUAUAUUUUGCCAUUACAACGAAAAAUACUGUUCAAAAUAAAAUGCGAUUGAAGAAUAAUUAAACAGUCUAUUUUGCAUUGAAACACGUGACUUUUUUCAUCGCACAUUGCGAUCGCAGCAAUUGUGGGGGCUAUUAAUAAAAUGAAACAUUGUAAAACCGGAAGUUAAGGAUGCAUUUUAGAAAUAAGACGUGUUGGUUUAACAAUUAAGGGUCUACAAGUUAAUAUUUUUUUAAUUUCGUUCUUCGUUCUCGAGUUGAGGGAAUUUCUGUGGUGAAAUGGAAUAAAGAAAAUUUAUUCGAGAAUUUCUCUGGUGAAUCUUUGUACCAUUUUCAUUGAUAAAUUCACGAACGCCCAAGAACGUGAUAGUUUUAUUAUGAAAUAAAUACGAGGCAAUUCCGAUAGCAUUAAAUUUGAUAGUCUGCUAACAAUUUGUAUAGGUAAACAGGGUCCACUCGUCGGAUCUCGCCAUUCAUUAGGUACCAAUUGCAAUGAGUUUGUAGAUUUUUUUUUUUCGUAAAUUACGGAGAAUUUGAGAAUUCACAGGAAUGAGGCUGAAGCGAUUCCAUUAAAAAGUCAUCAACGCACAUAUUAUUCAGGAAUACAUAUAUAAUUUCUGGGCAUCACUAGUGAAUAAACAAAGUAAAAGCUCUCAAAAAUAUAAUGAGUUUCGUGGCCGAUUUUAUCGAUGGAACAAAUCAUUAACUUCUUUUUAUUUCCAAAAAUACUGCCAUUGGGUUAAUCACUCGCUCAUUAUUCCCCCAAGAAUGUCAUCAAAAGCCGAAGGAAAUAUCACGAAUGAAAGAUUCUAAUUGAUUGCCAAUCUUCCAAAUUCUAAAGACAGAACGCAGUAUGUACUGAUAAGAAACUAUUAAAGAGAAAAAUAAUAAUACCAAAAAUGAUAAAAGAAAAAUUGAUAAAUGAUUAUUAUUGUAACGAUAUCCAAGUAUAUGUAUAUUUCAGAUUAAUCGCUGCCAUUGGAGCUAUACCAAAGUAUAUUCUAAACUAUGAUAAAUAAAUUAAAAUAAUCGUACCAUCGACAUUAAUGCACUGAAGAGAUAGUGGAGAGAUAACUAUUGAAUAGGAAAGUGUAAACAUACUAUUUGGAUUAAACUGGUGUUAUUUCUGGUCGAGAUUGAGUGAAAAUGUGACAGCCAUCGGACAACUGAAUUUUUCAGGAUAAAAUGAUGAGUGAAUGAAUGGUAAUAAAACCAAGAGUCGAGGAAAAAUUGAAUUAAUUAUUGAUGAAAUAUAACAGAAAGCUGAACUCCGUUGCUCAUCGCAUUUAAACAUUUUUCUUAAGCGCAAGUUUUCACAUUUUAUAGUGUAAUAAAAAAUGAUAAAUGCAAACUGGUGAA